AAGGAACCAAACUACCAACACACACACACACACCUUCACACUAUAUAUACACAUAGUCACACAACGUUUACAUCCUUCGGUGGAGAUCGCCGGAGAACGCGUCGACGGCGAGUCUGUGCUAGGGUUCCGGCGACUUAAGGUUUGAAUGGUGUCGGAGGAUGUUGUAGUAGGGGAGAGGAGCGAGACGGCUGUGUCGACGAUCGUCAUGGCUCCCACUCACACUUUAUUCAGCGUCUGCAAGUCUCUUUUCGCCGGCGGAGUUGCCGGAGGAGUGUCACGUACUGCUGUUGCUCCAUUAGAACGGUUAAAGAUUUUGCUACAGGUUCAAAAUCCCCAUAGUAUAAAAUACAAUGGAACAGUUCAGAGCUUGAAAUAUAUUUGGAGAACUGAGGGUCUCCGAGGAUUAUUUAAAGGCAAUGGCACGAAUUGUGCUCGCAUUGUCCCAAAUUCAGCAGUCAAGUUCUUUAGCUAUGAGGAAGCUAUGUGGGUCUGAACUUUUCUGUAUAUGAAUCUUUAAAAGACUGGUUGAUCAAAACUAGACCAUUUGGACUAGUUGAAGACUCCGAGUUGAGUGUUACAACAAAGCUUGCAUGUGGGGCUGCUGCUGGAACUGUUGGCCAGACAGUUGCUUAUCCUCUUGAUGUUAUACGUCGAAGGAUGCAGAUGGUGGGCUGGAAAGAUGCUGCUUCACUUGUCACUGGUGACGGGAAGAGCAAGGCCCCACUUGAGUAUUCUGGUAUGGUCGAUGCAUUCAGAAAAACAGUACGGCAUGAGGGUUUUCGAGCUUUGUACAAGGGUUUGGUCCCCAAUUCAGUGAAGGUGGUCCCCUCCAUAGCAAUUGCAUUUGUGACAUAUGAGGCGGUAAAGGACGUUCUUGGAGUUGAGAUGAAGAUAUCAGACUGACACCACAUGAAAGUUCAGGUAUUGGUUGAACUUCUGUACUAAAUUUUGCAAGAAAAAAGGAAUGGAAAAGGUAAAUUAAGGGAACUAUUUGUAUUUUUUUAUUUUUUCAGAUUGUGAGGACAUUUAGAAACCAAUUUAUAGCCCAUGUUGAUACUGUCCUCCACAUAUUUUACCAAUCUCCCCUUGAUUUUAGCUUUUUCAUUCAUAUGCAUCUAUAGAAGGAUGUACUAGAUGCCCUCUAUUAGCUUUUAGUGUUAUUUCUGUAACUGGUUAUUACAUAGAGAGAAUUAUUUGUAUGAC